CUUUUUCCUAUGGAAAUUAUAUUACAUGCGAAACAGUGCGUAAAUAUAACCUACAAAAUUUAACCUUAAUUUGCAAUCGGCGUGAACCAUUAAUAUUCACAAAGUUCAUAUAAAAUGCUUUCAAAUCCACAAGGUUUCCAAGUGUUGCCAUUGAGAUAUUCCGCCUCAAGUUCAAGUAGUCACCAAAUCUAUUUUAAAGAACACUCAGUUAGAAAUCAAGAUGAAACCAAACCUCCUGGAAGAACGUUAUUUGUUUUAAAUAUACCACCAUAUGUUACAGAGGAUAGUUUAAAAGAAGUGUUUUCUGUUGCUGGAAAAAUUCAAAAUAUUUCAUUACAAAGUUCUACAAAUGUUGAGGAAAACAAAUCAAACAAUGGUUUUAAAUUAGGAUAUAUUGUAUUUAAAAAACGUGACGACUUACUAAAAGCAUUAAAACUUAAUAAUCUUAAGCCAUUGUCUACAGAAACAUGUGUUUUAAAAACAGGUUUGAGUAAAUGGAAAGAACAGUAUAAUUCAUCAAUUUGUGGCAGUAAAGAGCUUUCAAAAGAAAUUAACAAUUAUUUGCAGAAACUUGAAAAAUUGGAGAAACAAAAUCAAAAGAAAACUGAAGUAGAUGAAGAUGGAUGGACUGUUGUUACCAAAAAGGGAAGAAACCCUGGUGUAUCUCGUAAGGAAAGUGUAGAACUGAAAUUGAAAGAAAAAAUGGUACAAAAAACAAAGAAGAAAGAGUUACAAAACUUCUACACUUUCCAAAUUCGUGAAUCAAAAAUGAAAAAUAUUGCCACUCUUCGUAAGAAUUAUGAAGAAGCUAAGAAAAAAGUAAAUGCCAUGAAGACUGCAAGAAGAUUUAAACCUUAUUAAGACAAUUUAACUUUUUUUUACAACUGUUGUGACACCUUAAAAUGUAUGUUUUAUUGUAUAAUUUUUUAUUAAAUAAAAAAAUGUGUUUUAUA